AUGGCCUCCAACGCCCACCAGGUCUUCCUGCAGGCCUACGACAUCUUCUUCCGCCAUUACCACAACAAGCCCUACACGCUCUUCAACCCCGACCUGUUCCGCCGCAAGAUCGACCAGCGCCAGGUCCCUCAAUACCUGCAGUUCGCCUUCAUCGCGACCGCCGUGCGCUUCUCCUCGCAGCUGCAAUGGAAGCAGCGCAAGCAGGAGACGAUCGACGGGUACGCCCAGUGCUCGUGGGAGAUGAUCAUGUCGUCGCCGGACGGGCUAGGUGAUGGCUCUGAUGUCUCUGUUAUUCAGGCGUUGGCGCUGCUGGCCAUUAUCGAUGCGACUGCCGGUCGACGACGCGCCGCCUGGGUGAAGAUUGGCAUGGCCGUGCGCAUCAGCCAGGACCUGCAGAUGAUGCUGGAGCCAGACGAGAGUCUCCCUGCUGCAGAGCGAGAAGAACGACGCGGUAUAUUCUGGUCACUGUUCCUCGUCGACCGGUUCAUCUGCUGCUCGUUUCGACGUCCGCCGGCCAUUAAAGUCGCUGACUGCCGGCUGAAGCUCCCCGUCGACACACCCAUUCAAGACGCCCAGUCGUCGCUCACGAUAGUAGAGCUGCUCGACGAGAAGAUGCGCUCAACACCAGGCAAAGUCGUCGGGCUGUCUGGACUCAGCGUCGGGCUCGCAGCACUGCUCGGCCGCACAAUUGACUACAUGAUGAACAGCGAAGCAACCACCGUCGAGCCAUGGCAACACCACUCCGACCACAGCAGCAUCUACACCAGUCUCGAAUCGCUGAAACAAAUGGCCGACACAUACGCUCCAUCCAAAGAGCAAGGUCAGAGUAUCCAGCUCCCUCACACAGACCGCACAUCGCACUUCGUCCUCUCUCUAACCCUCUACCACCUCACCCACUGCAUCCUCAGCCACCCAUUCUUGCUCGGCAUGAAACGAAAGGCAUACAAAGACGAACCCACCCCAACGCCCUGGUUCGAAGCGCAGCACGCCUCGUGCUGGGGCCACGCUCAGGCCCUGACGACGCUGGUCGUCGACGCGAAGGCCGCUGGAUAUAUGCUUGCGCCGUCGUUCUAUAGCUACUGCGUGCUUGUCGCAGGGACAGUCCAUGCGAUCCUCCUCCACGGCGAAGAUAAACCGGCCAGUGAGCGCGCGGCAAACUAUAUCCGCGCGUCGCUGGAUUACUUUUCUGAGAUCGAGGAGAUGUGGCAUAAUUCUUUUAUCAUGGCUGACGCCCUCCGCUUCUUCACAAACCGCUGCGUCCGAUACAGCGCGAUUCUCCUCGGACCGGCAGAUCGGUUCGCCCAGCUCACAGAGACGGAUAUCACCGUCCUCCGCGCGGUGCUGGACUACUGGACCAUGAUGGACCCGCGCAAUCCGGUUUCGGAGCUCAGUGUGUUGAAUAUCGACUGUUUUUCUCGGGAGACGCAAAGUAAGAGAGAGAAUGCGCCUUUGACUCCGGACGAUACGACGGAAGGUUCGGAGACGUCGAAAGAGAAUAGUUGUAAUGAUACUGUAGACCCGACCCGGGUUCUGCGUGAGUUUCCACUGUCGAUUUCGUCGCCUUUAGCUGAAACGGAGGAUGGAGGUGGGAUGGAGUUUUCGAGAUGGGAUUGGGAUAAUGAGUUGGAUUUGGCUUGA